GAUUGAAUUGCCAAAUUUUCGUUUUUAUUUGCUUUUCAUUGCAACAAAAGGUGCAAAAAUCGGGCUGAGUACAACUGUUUUGUUAGCAAAUUACUUGGAGUACAUUGCAAAAUAUUUUGCAAUUAUUUUGUUUUCAUAUUCAAGUGGAUUUAUAUAUAUUGGAUAUUUGCAGUUUUACAAUUCUGCAGUUCGGUAAGUUUUUAUCCCUGCAGCGUGGAAAUACUUCCAACAAGCACAACAACAAACCGGAUUGGGGAUUAGUGCAAAAAAGUAUUAUAUAUUGAUCGGUAACAAAAACCUAAAAUAUGGGAGUACCAAAAUUUUUUCGCUAUAUCAGCGAACGUUACCCUUGCCUCAGUGAGUUGGCAAGAGAGCAAUGUAUUCCGGAUUUUGACAAUCUCUAUCUGGACAUGAACGGAAUCAUUCACACGUGUUCACAUCCAGAUGACGGAAACUUUCACUUCACUAUAACAGAAGAAAAUAUGUUUAAGGAUAUUUUCAAUUACAUUGAUAAAUUAUUUUUCCUUAUCAAGCCACAAAAAUUAUUUUUUAUGGCCGUUGAUGGUGUAGCGCCACGCGCUAAAAUGAAUCAACAACGCAGCCGGCGCUUUCGCUCAGCUAAAGAUGCUGAAUUACUAGAAGCACAAGCUAAAAGUCGUGGCGAAGUUCGAGAACAUGAACGCUUCGAUAGUAAUUGUAUCACGCCCGGCACAGAGUUUAUGACGCGCCUACAAGAGGCACUACGCUAUUUUAUAAAGAAUAAAAUAAGUUCAGAUCCAUUAUGGCAAAAGUGUCGCGUUAUUCUCAGCGGCCAUGAUGCCCCAGGCGAAGGGGAGCAUAAAAUUAUGGACUACAUUCGUUACCUCAAAUCUCAAAAAGACUACGAUCCCAACACACGCCACUGUCUCUAUGGACUAGAUGCAGAUUUGAUAAUUUUAGGACAAUGUACACAUGAAUUGCAUUUCGUAGUGUUGCGUGAAGAAGUCAAAUUCGGGCGAAAGACCAAGCAGACGUCUGUAGAAGAAACACGAUUCUUUCUCUUACAUUUGGGAUUGUUGCGUGAAUAUCUCGAAAUGGAGUUUGACGAAUUAAAAAAAUAUGAUGACAAGUUUGACAUAUCCAAUCUUAUCGAUGAUUGGGUACUUAUGGGUUUUUUAGUUGGCAAUGACUUUAUACCGCAUUUGCCAUGUAUGCAUAUUUCAUCGAAUGCACUGCCAUUAUUAUAUAAAACCUACAUUAAAGUAUACCCAAAACUUGGAGGUAACAUAAAUGAACAGGGGAAACUAAAUUUAGAGCGAUUGGAAAAAUAUUUCGCGGCACUUGCAGAUGUUGAAUUUGAAAUAUUUCAAGAAAACCAUACAGAUUUGAAAUAUUUUGAGGGUAAACAAACGAAAAAUGGCAUAGAUGAAGCGUUUGAUUUUGAUAUAGCUGAAAUAACGGACGGAAAUCAGGAUACCGAUCUCACUGAGUUAAUAGAGAGUAGUAGACAGUUUUUGGAAGACGACAGUGAAGACUUGUCGGAUGAAGAACAACAUAUAGCUGACGAGUUUGAAACCUACAAGCGCCAUUAUUAUAUGAAUAAAUUAAAUCAGAAUGAUAUGAACAGUGAAUCAAAACGUGAACAAGCUAUCUGCUAUAUUACCGCAUUGCAGUGGAUUUUGGAUUACUACUAUAGAGGUGUGCAAUCUUGGGAUUGGUAUUAUCCCCAUCAUUACGCACCAUUCAUCAGUGACCUGAAAAACUUCAAGGAUUAUAAAAUUAAACUUAAUCUGGGUAAACCAUUCCUGCCAUUCGAACAGCUCUUGGCCGUUCUACCAGCAGCUAGCAGGGACCUAUUACCUUCUGCAUAUCGUGAUUUAAUGACUAGCCCUACGAGCGAACUGCUGGAAUUUUAUCCACAAGACUUUGAAACCGAUUUAAAUGGUAAAAAACACGAGUGGGAAGCGGUGGUCCUAAUUCCUUUUAUUGACGAAAAGCUCUUACUACAUGCCAUGAAAGCUUGUGAACAAAACCUCACACCAGCUGAAAUAAAACGAAAUAGGCAUGGUCCAAUGAUGCAAUACGAUUACAAUCCGGAACCUCAAGAAAGCGUUCCAGGUAUUUUCUCGAUGAAAGCACUAUAUCAUGUGUUUUGUACCGAAAAGAAGAUUUGGUCCAAAGAAAUCGCUAUACCGUCCGAUAAGACUGUAUGUGUUGAAUUGCCAAAUGCAGCACGUACGGUAUUCUUCCCUGGAUUUCCGACAAUGAAGCAUUUAAAAUACAAUUUUGAAUUAAAGUGUGCACGUAUACGUGUUUUCGAGCACCCAAGUCGUAAUGAAAAUCUUAUACUUAAACCGCAAAAUCGCAACGGUUUCGACGAUAUCUAUAGCGUUUCUGAAAAGUUUUUGAAUCAGGUAGUUUACACUGGCUGGCCACAUUUAAUAAAAGCUAAGGUCGUUGGAAUAUCCAGCAAAGAAAAAUAUAUUGAUGUUGAUGGUGUAAAAGACAUGGAACAAAGAUUAUUUCAAAUACAUAUGAAAACGGCACAAGAACAUCUCACAACUCGCAUGGGCAUAGAGUUUGAUGACUUCACAGUUUUGGUGCAUGUUCGUACAUAUAUCGGCUCCACGUACACUUGCGGCAGUCAAGGAAAAAUUAUAGUAAACGAUGCCUGGAGUCAAUCAGUGACAGCUUAUCCUGCUCAGGGGGUAGUUUCGGAAAUCGCCGUACAAAAGAAUUUUGUUUUGCAACCGAAAAAAGUGGAAAAUUUAUUUCCAACCGACAGUACGGUGUUUUUCUUGGGUAGCCCAUACUUUGGAAGUGAAGGAACUGUACUCAACCCACUAUUAGUGUACGAAUGUGGCCGCUUAAAAGUAAACAUUACAGUUUUACCGGAGCCAGAUUUCUCUGCUGCAAAGUUAUUGCAACAACAAUUAGAGCGUGACUAUGUAAACUCUUUUCAAGCAGCCGCCACAAUUGGCUUGCAGAUGAAGUGUCUUGGUCGUGUGACUGGCACGGUAUUAGUAGUAGCUGGCGCUAGACGGGCGCAACUGCCAGAUAACGUGUCCAAAGUAAAUAUUGGAUUACAAUUCAAGUUUCCUAAACAGCAAGAAGAACGUGCUGGCUACUGCCGACGCAUCAACAAUCAAUGGUUUUACUCAACAAAGGCUAUUUCACUUGUGCAAGCUUAUUUUGAAAAAUUCCCAAUGGUUUUCGAUUAUUUAAGUCGUUCCUCCGAGCGUAAUGAAUUUUGUUUUGAAGAAGAUUUAUUCCCCGAAGAAGUUGGAGAACAUAAGGUAGAUGAAAUUAUUACAUGGCUAAACAGCCAGGAGCAUAUGCAAGCAGAUAGACGUUCAUGUGGCUCACAAACUAUGGAAAAGGAAGCUGUGCAGGGCGUGCUUGACGCUAUAGAACAAUUAAAGACUUUACCUGUAAAGACUGUAAAGCUACAAGUGAAGCCUCAUCUUCUACUGAAACCUGACGUAACGCUGCCAGACAUGUACAAACCCAAGCGAUCUGUGAGAUUAUUUGACCGCGUUGUAGUAGUUAAGACUACUUACAUGGUACCUUUAGGUGCAAAGGGCACAGUUAUAGGCGUAUAUCCGGUAAUCGAUCCAAAUCCCGUGCGGUUGGAAUGCGUAAAAGCAGUUGAUACUUUCUACGAAGUGCUCUUCGACAAACAUCUACCAAGUGGCAAUGAUAAAUACGGUAUCGCAGAAGAACGAGUUUAUAGGGUGUCGGAAUCAUCGUUGUUACUAAUUUUCACCCAAGAUAAUAAGCAAAACGAAAUGCAAGAUGUGAGAAACAACCAAUUCACAAACGACGUCAGAUAUUUUGCAAAUAACAACACCAACAAUGUACAGCGUGACGCACAGCAGCAGCAACAACCAAGUCAACCGACUGACUUCAAUGGGCCAAGCAGCAGUAAUAAGAGCAAAGUAGUUAUUUUGCAGCAAAAAGAAAGCAUACCAAUGCCUCUAACUUCGCUACCGACACAAACAGGAAACAAGCGCCAAGGAGGUGGAAGUACCAGUUGUAACGACGAUUUCUGGAUGCCAGCGGCAGAAACUAAAGUAAAGCAUACCUCAGAAAAAGAAUGGCGCCAAGUGAAUACUCAAAGCAACCACAUAGAGAAGAACAAUGGAGAUUUUCUAAGUAAAAUCAAUAGUAUUGUGGCACAAUCUUCUACAAGGCCUGCACCACUUUUGUCGGGAGAAGGUCAAAAAAUGCAACAGCUGUCGCCUAAUACAAAUAGAGCAUCUCGCAUCAACGCGGUCCCCUCCUCGCCAAACUCGGCGGCAACGAGCAAUUCUAGUGUGGCUGGUGGGAAUGAGUGUCAAGCUGAGACGCAAGCCUUGAAGAGUUUACUUGGACUUGGUCUGAACAACGCAACUAUUCUGUCGCAAAGCAACAGCGCAGCAGCCCAACCGUCGAAAAAGCAAUUACCCCAACCUCCCGCAGGCUGGCGCAGCGAUGCGCAGCAGGCUCAGCAACAACCCCACAACAGUCAGCAGCAUUAUCCGAUAACAUCGAUUAGGCCUCUGCAGCCGCAGUCAGCGGCUCUUAUGCACUAUGGCGGCGUCAAUAUGGCACAUUGUCAGCCAAUGCCAACACCACCAUACAACAACAUGAGUAGUUUCUACCCACAAAGACCUCAGCCGUUACAACCGCAUCCAAUGCAACAUACUGCACCAUUUUCAAUGCCGCAUAUGACAGCUGAUAUACGGCAUGGCAUGGCAAAUGAAGGCAUGAGCCAGAAAAGCGCUUUCAUUCCAUUACAAGUAUUACGUGGUAAUUCUCAUCAGCAAACACAGCCGCCCUAUCAAGCUUCUCCGCCACAACAGCGCAUGGCGCAGCAACAACAGCCACAAAGACCAAUGAGUGGAUCUAGUGGUCCAUUAGUGAGCACAACAAAUAUAGAGCUCCUGCAAAGAAAUCUCAAUAAUUUACAAAUCCAGCAGGAAAAGUUGGAGUCAAAUAUGAUACCACCGCAGCAACAACAAACGCAAGCACAAGUUGUUGAAAUACCAGUUAUUAUCGCUGCGGAAAGCCAAAACGCUAUAAACGAGCACCUAAAACGUAAACGCUCACCGCGAGUGCCUAAGAUUGGCGCACGAUUCGACAAUGCACACUAGUAUGUUCUAGACGAAUAAAGUCGCUUAAGUAUCAUUUCUUGUUAAGAAAACUAUGCAGCUACUGUUAUUUAACUGACGAAUAUAUUAGAAUAUUAAUGAAUUAACUAUGUAGCUCGAUUUUGAAGUGAGUCAAAUUGCACAAAAUCUUUGACAUCAAACUAAAAAUGUAUUAUUGACAUAUUAUGUAUUUAUAUUAUACAAAUACUAGAUAAAAUUUUGGUUAAGAUUAUUAUGCGCAUUCGUUUACUUUUAUUUUUUAACAAUUCAAAUAUUUUAGUUGUGUAUAUACUUAAAAUCGAGUUAUAUAGUUGACUCCCGAUCUUUUGAAGAAAAAUCGAAAAUUGUUAAAGUAAGCUUAAUUCGAUAUACAUACAUAUGUAAAUAUUGUACUAACUAAAUGUGCUCAUCUCAUAUUUUGUAAAUCACUUCCACAUGUAUGUAAAUUAUUUUACCUGAUGUAAUAAGCUUAACAUUUAAGUGUUAAGAGCAACAUUUACAUAAAAAUAUAUAUAUGUAUAUGAAUUAACUUAACUGACCAUGUAAUGAGAGUAAUAAACACAAGCAAAAACUAUCUACAUACAAGAA